CCAGCCUGCCGUCAUGAGAAAAGGAAGUCUGCGCUUUGUGCUUCAUCCAGACCUCUUCUUUCCCUUCUCCCUGCCCUCAGCAUCCUCCGGAAAGCCCUAGAUAAGAUUGCGGAAAUCAAGUCUCUGUUGGAAGAGAGGCGGAUUGCGGCCAAGAUCGCGGGCCUGUACAAUGACUCGGAGCCCCCUCGGAAGACCAUGCGCAGGGGGGUGCUGAUGACCCUGCUGCAGCAGUCAGCCAUGACCCUGCCCCUGUGGAUCGGGAAGCCUGGUGACAAGCCCCCGCCCCUCUGUGGGGCCAUACCAGCUUCUGGGGACUACGUGGCCAAACCCGGAGACAAGGUGGCUGCCCGGGUGAAGGCUGUGGAUGGGGAUGAGCAGUGGAUCCUGGCCGAGGUGGUCAGUUACAGCCACGCCACCAACAAGUAUGAGGUAGAUGACAUUGAUGAAGAAGGCAAAGAGAGACACACCCUGAGCCGCCGGCGGAUCAUCCCACUGCCCCAGUGGAAGGCCAACCCGGAGACGGACCCCGAAGCCUUAUUCCAGAAGGAGCAGCUUGUGCUGGCCCUGUAUCCCCAGACCACCUGCUUCUACCGUGCCCUGAUCCACACGCCCCCGCAACGGCCCCAGGAUGACUAUUCGGUCCUGUUUGAAGACACCUCCUAUGCAGAUGGUUACUCCCCUCCCCUCAACGUGGCCCAGCGGUACGUGGUGGCUUGUAAGGAGCCCAAGAAAAAGUGAAGUGGCCUAGCAGACUCGCAGUCUCCUGACACCCUCGAAGGGGGAUGCAACACAAGAUUUUGUGAUCAAAUAAAUAUUCCUCCUCCUUG